AUGUUAGCCAAUCCACAUAGCAAUCUGCACGAGCGCUAUCGACAACAUCGUCGGCAGAUCUCAACUCCCAAUGCGCUGGAAGCCGCCAAAGUUCCUACCCUUCCAGCACAGGCAUUGCAGCGAAUCAAUGCGCAUCGCCGUGGACAGAGUCUCGACCAACGACCUUUGCACGUCCAACGUUCUCGACCUAUGCACGAUGGGGCCGUUUCCAUUACUAACGCAACAGCAACUCAGCAGCCCCAAAUCCUUGCCGGGGGAGUGCAGCAUCCCCGAUUCUCGCAAUCGGCGCAUUUCCCCCAGCACUCCUCUCCCAUGCCCGUGAUGCCUGAAUGCCCGUCUUUGACCUCGGAAGACUUGCAGGCAUUGUCCCAAUCUGCCAGCAAUGCGAACCAUUCGGGCAUGGCUUACAUGAAUUCGAGCUUCAUUCCCAUGGGAAACCCGAGCUUGGGGAUUCGAUCAAUGGACAACAAUCUCAAUCUGAUGCAACAGCAGCAACUGCAAAAUGCUCACGUCUCAUGCGUCAAUAGCCUUGAUGGCCAAAUCCUCGACAACGGUGGCUGGAAUUUCUACCAGCAAGGCCAGCUCGCUACGUCGCUCCGGUCUCAAGUCAACAACCUUUCGGCCGAUGGGAGACGACAGUCUGUUCAGUCAGAUAUCACCCCCUCGCAACGACCGCAUACCCCCAAGCAGGCAAAUACGCACUACUUUCCCAUAACGCCAGCGACAACUCCGUUCAAGAAACCAGCGGAACUUGCUCAGUAUAGUACGGACAUGCAGUCCACCCCCUCCAAGGAGACGGGCCGCUCUGCACCCGCAUCAGCCCAGUCGGCAUACAUGCAACGAGCCAAGUCCCUCCAAGGAGUUGCGGGGUCUACCUUUUCCAACUCCAAAAUCGAGAUGCCCUCCCCCCCGAACACUGCUUCAUUUGAAAUUGACAGUUUUGAUGCGUUUGGCAGUCAGCAGGGUUCCAGUUUCGAAAUCUCCGAGUCAGAGAAUUAUUCGCAGAGUCACUAUGCCCCGUCGUCAGCAACCUCGUCCUUUCAAUCCUCCCCAGAGCUAGCCGCCAUGCCAACCCCCGAGGACAAUCAUGAGAAGGCUCACAAAUUGCCCAUCUUCCCUGCCGCGUCCAAUCGCGCAACCCACAGGAAGGCGCUGAGUACCAGCUCCAGUUCUUCCUUGACGAAACCCCGGCUUUCUCCAAGAGUGGCUUCGAUUGAUAGCCUUAAUCUUGAUGCUAGGGUUCAUGCUUCUAUCAAAGAGACCGGGAUCACCAUCGAUGAGAUCGCUUCCUACAUCUCUGGCCCGGACCCGGAGGAUGGAAAGUGGGUUUGUCUUCACCCCGGCUGCGAGCGGCGGUUCGGAAGAAAAGAGAAUAUCAAGUCACACGUCCAGACCCACCUUGGUGACCGUCAAUAUAAGUGUGAUCAUUGCAACAAGUGCUUCGUUCGCGGGCAUGACCUGAAGCGUCACGCCAAGAUUCACACUGGAGACAAACCUUAUGAAUGUCUUUGUGGCAACGUAUUCGCUAGGCACGAUGCUCUGACUCGGCACAGACAACGAGGAAUGUGCAUCGGCGGUUACAAGGGUAUUGUGCGCAAGACAACAAAACGUGGUCGUCCAAAGAAACAUCGACCAGAGUUGGAGGAGAGACAGGACAAGGCAGCCAAGACACGCCAGAGAGUCGCCGAGAAGUCAUCCCUUGACUCCUCGGCCGGAUGUGUUGAUUCCCCCAACUCUCCGCCUUCCGAAAUCCUUGAGAAUAUGAGUCUUCACGGUGGAUCGAGCCCGAAAGAGGAUAUGCCCGCGUUCAACCAACCCAACUUUUCCUUGCCUCCAUCGGCGUUUACUUUCACGCCCCCUGCGUCUCCGCGACAGAGUUUUGGAAACCAGCCAUCGCCCGCUCAGAGUCGCCGCUCACUCACACCCAGUAGCGAGGAUGAAAUGCUGCCUUUGUCGCCCUCCAAGCGCCCCCUCGAGAAAAUUGUUGAAGAACCGAGCCUGCCUUUCAUUUCGAAUGCCGAUCCAUAUACCGAUAUUGCUACCUCCACCGCCGAGCUGUCUUCUCCACAUACGGCUCCCACCUUGGCUGAUUCGUCUCAGGGCUCCGACCUCGAUAUCUUCAUCAGCACGGACAGCUCCGCCAACUUCAAGCAUGAAUUUCCCGACCUGAGUGACCCCGACAUGGCCGCUUUUCCCGACUAUGUCAAUGGGUCUACUUUCGAGCCCGGACUGGAUCUGUUCUCGAGCAAGACAUUCUCUGCCGCUACCUCGAUGAACGACGACUUCUUUUCACUCCAAUUCCAGGUUGAUGAUAUGACCAAAGAAUUCUUCAUGGACUGCUAG